UUGUUUAGGGAGUGCAGACGAAUGCCGGUGUCGUGCUGAUGCGUCGCAGGGGGGCUGGAGGGGGGGACACGAGAAUGAGACGGCGUAGUUGAACUCAGUAAAUAUCGUACCUGUCGAAUGGCAAGGAAUUUAAACAGGUAUACAUGCAGAUGCGCGACAACACAGCGUGUGUAGUUACAAGUUACAAGGUGAAUUCGUGGGCGAGACUCGGUCGUGAGCGUUGAUACGAGGGACGACAAAUCGUGGUCUAAAAGGCGUCAGGGAUGCCAAGGCCACACACCCCGCCGGGGCGGUUAAAGCAAUACUUGCUAACGGAUACUUAGGUAUUAUAAAGAGCGGCGGAGAUCAAACAGAGAGUCUCGAAUCCCGAGGACUCCGAGCCUGCCGCCGAAUCGUCUGCAGGGCGAACAAGAUGAGCUCGGUGGUUUACACCCUCUACGGGUUCGCGAUAUUCUUCAUGGUCUUCUGGUGCGGGAUGUGGGUCGUCCACGUUCUGGCCUUGGUCGCCGGCCGCUGGAAGUUGCACAGGAAAAUCGGGCAGGUCCCGAUUUACGAAACGCCGCUGCCCGGCGUAUCGAUACUCAAGCCGCUGAUGGGAGUCGACCCGAACCUCUUCGGGAACCUGGAGACCUUCUUCACCAUGAACUACCCCGUUUACGAGCUGCUCUUCUGCGUCGAGGACGAGUCGGACCCGGUUCUUAUGCUCGUCCACAAGCUGAUGGAGAAGUACCCUCAUGUCGAUGCGAGGCUGUUUCUCGGGGGCUGCGCCGUCGGCGUUAACCCCAAGAUAAACAACAUGCACUUGGCGUACGAGUCUGCCAAGCACGAGCUGAUCAUGAUCAGCGAUAGCGGGAUAAAAAUGAAGGAGGAUACCCUCCUCGACAUGACGAACUACAUGAGCGACAAGGUCGCCCUUGUUCAUCAGAUGCCCUUUACCGCGGACAGGGAGGGAUUUGCCGCUGCGUACGAGAAGAUAUUCUUCGGCACUGUUCAGUCAAGAAUGUACUUGGCUGCGGAUGUACUCCGCAUCAAUUGCCACACCGGCAUGUCCGCGCUGCUGAGAAAGGCACCGCUCGACGAGGUCGGUGGGCUCAAAGCUUUCGGCGUAUACUUGGCCGAGGAUUUCUUCUACGCCAAAUCACUCACGGACAGAGGCUGGAGGAUUACCGUUUCCUCUCAACCCGCCAUGCAGAACAGCGGACAUUGCGAGCUCAGUUCUUUUCAGGCCAGGCUAAGGCGGUGGGCCAAGUUGAGGGUGGCCAUGAUACCGCUGGUUAUUGUGUUCGAACCUCUUAGCGAGUGCUUACUGCUCGGCGCCUGCGCUUCUUGGGCGGCCAGCUUGUUGUUCGAAUGGGACUCCCUUGUGUUUUAUUUGGUUCAUAUACUUUUGUGGUUUAUGCUCGACUGGACGUUGCUUCGUGUCGUGCAAAACGGACCCCUUCCUUUCGACAAACUUGAAUUUGUGUGCGGCUGGCUACUCAGCGAGAUCACCAGGCCAUACUUAUUUGCUCAGGCUGUACUCGACCCCCUGAUACAGUGGAGGUCCAGGGUGUAUAAACUGAAGUGGGGUGGCAUAGCUGAGGAAGUUAAGGCAAAAGUUAAAUAUUAGAGCUGAUUCGGGCAAGACGAUGAAAAGAAGAAGGAGGAGGAUUUUACAUUUAUGUAUGAAUUGAAUCGAAUGGAUAGCUUUUAUCAAAUAUUGCCAAUAUUGCAUAUAAUGUACAUUAUUUCCAUGCUCAUGUGGUAUAUGCUCAAUACGGUGCAAUGAUCUAAAAACUGUAUUUACCUAUAAUAGGUAUAUUAGUACGUAACGAGUACAUCGGUAUUGUAGUUUUAAUUAAGUCGAUGCGUCGAAUAGUGCUCGUCUCAUGUUCGUGUUAUUGUUACUUGACUAUUGUUUUCAGUACCAUUUUUCUAAACCCAACGUUGGUAUGUGGUUAGAGUCUUAAUUUUUUGUCAAACAGCUACGGUUUGCCUUCAUCCGCAUAUUCGUAAUCUUGAAAGGAAAUACAAUUGCACCAACAUCAGAAAGUACUGUUCGACCCCAAAAUCACGCUACAAAAUCCCAUUCAACUACUGGUUGUGUUGUAAUAUUCGUACGAGUGAUUUAUUUUAUGCACAAAUUUAUUAUUAUAGCGGUUGCUCGCCGAGGCUGAUUAUCCUUUACAAUUUAAAGGAUAUAAUUCAAACGACUAGUUUAUCUUGAUACCUUUUUUCUUUUAUCACCGUAUUAUCGUACUCGUCAUCUAAUUGUCUUUUCGUGUUAUAACUUAUAAUCGUAUUACGACUACAUAUUGUGAAGAAGCCAUUUCAAGUCAGUCUCACAGUAAUGUAUAAAUAGUAAUUGGGAAAAUUUCGUUACUUGCCCAAAUUAUUAUAUCCAGUUUAGAAUUUCGACUUUGGAUGAAAUGGUGAAACUCGUUAUCGUUAAAGGAAGGCAGCAAAUUUGCGGCGGUGAAAUUCUUGUCAACAAA